AUGACAACCAACCGCCCAUUCCUCGCCAACUUCCUAGCGGCCUUUCGCGCCCAGUCAACCUACAAGACCUCAACAGCAGCCACACAAUCAAGCGCAGGCCCCUCAUCCCAGAUCUCUCAAAGCGCCAGAGCGAUAGCCACAAAGGCCGCUUCUGGCGCUGCGACCACCACCCCGGACUCGUCGUCCUCCUCCUCAGCCACCACCACCACCACCACAAACGCAGCCACCGCAACCACCACCACCACCACAAAUACAACUACACAUCACUACCACCACCACCCUCACCAUCAUCCCCACCACCAUCACCACCACCAUCAUCCCACAGCAGCAGCAACAGCAGGAGCAACACCCCCUCCAGACCCCACUCCCACACCCGCACCCCACUCGACUCACCCAUCCCAACAACAGCCUCCCCACCCCCUACCCCAGCCAUCCCAUCCUCCUCAUCAACCCCCAUCCCCAUCGCCAACACAAACGCACACGACCGCCGCCGUCGCGGCAGCGACAGCUCCAGCGGCUCCGGCGGCGGCGGCGGCGGCUUCCGCGACGCUCUCGGCCCUGAGAAGUGGUAUAUUGGGGGUCGCACGCCUGGCGGGGAAGAGAGGUUUUAUCGGCUCGGGAUGGUUACGAAGGGUGGGGGGAGGCUUGGGGGGAGUGGGCGGGUAG